ACGAAGGACAGAUACAGCGUCCUAACAGAAAGAAGAUUCCUUUACUCGAGAAUAAACUGUACCGGGUCACCGACUUGCACUAUGAUUACAUGCUUAUAAUAAGUCUGUUAGGAAAAGUGAAAACGUAAUUUGUGGAAUAAUGAUACGAACUUUCGGUACCGGAUCUGUGUGCGCGAGCUUACUGACACAGGGAUCAAAGUAUGCAACGUGCAGAGCUGCACACCACAGCGGCUCGUUUGAUGUUGCUGUUGUUGGUGGAGGGAUUGUUGGACUGGCCUCUGCCAGAGAGCUGAUCCUCAGGCACCCAAACCUCACCUUUACUCUGCUGGAGAAAGAAAAUGAGCUUUCUCUCCAUCAGACAGGUCAUAACAGUGGUGUGAUCCACUCUGGGAUAUACUACACACCAGGCUCUCUGAAGGCUCAGCUUUGUGUUCGUGGAGCCAUGUUAACAUAUCAGUACUGCCAGAAGAAAGGUGUGCCUUAUAAGAAAUGUGGCAAGCUUAUCGUAGCAGUGGAGAGAGAGGAGAUCCCCCGUCUGAAAGCUCUAUAUGAACGCGGUCAGGUGAACAAUGUUCAAGAUCUGCGUCUGAUUGACGCCAAGGCCAUCCGAGAGAAAGAGCCGUACUGCAGGGGCAUCAUGGCAUUAGACUCUCCAAACACAGGGAUUGUUGACUGGCGGUUAGUAGCUCUGACCUACGGUAAGGACUUCCAGGAAGCAGGUGGCACUGUGCUAACUGACUUUGAAGCAUCUGACAUUAAGGUGGCGGCAGAAAGCCCAGCUGGGGGUGCUGAAGGGCUGAAAUAUCCCAUCAUCAUCCACAGCUCACAGGGGAAGGAGGUGAGGUGUCGGUUUGUGUUGACGUGUGGAGGCCUUUACGCUGAUCGGCUGUCUGAGAUAUCUGGCUGUAGUUCAGAGCCCCGUAUCGUUCCCUUCAGAGGAGAUUACCUGGUGCUUAAGCCAGAGAAAAACUACCUGGUCAGGGGCAACAUCUACCCUGUGCCAAACCCACGGUUCCCAUUUCUUGGAUUCCAUUUCACUCCUCGUAUGGACGGUAGCGUCUGGCUUGGUCCAAAUGCUGUGUUGGCUUUUAAACGAGAGGGGUAUAAACUCUUUGACUUCGACACACAAGACUUCGUUAAUGCGGUCUCCUACAGGGGUCUGCAGAGGCUGGUAAUGAAGAAUAUUGCGUAUGGAAUGGGAGAAAUAUAUAGAGGUAUGUUUACCAGUGCUCAGGUAAAGAACCUGCAGAAGUUCAUACCUGAACUGAGCCCCAGUGAUGUCCUCAGGGGGCCGUCGGGGGUGCGUGCACAGGCUUUGGAUGCUGAAGGAAACCUGGUGGACGAUUUUGUGUUUGAUGGUGGGAAGGGAGAGCUGGGCAGCCGGAUUCUGCAUGUACGCAAUGCCCCGUCACCCGCUGCGAGCUCCUCCCUGGCCAUCGCUGAGAUGAUUGCUGAUGAACUGGAGAAAAGAUUUCAACUGUAGACAUACCUCAGAUGAUGCUGCCAUAACCUUGAUUACACUCUCACUCUUAUACUUCAAUUCAGAGGAUAAAAGAGUAAUUAUAGAAUAAGUUUUACUUUUAUACUAGUGAGGAACAGUAAUGAUCUAAAGAUAUUUCUGGUGCUCUUUUCUAAUAUAUCUUCUAAAAAUUAUGCAGAUUUUAGGAAAUGUUGGAUUACUGUUGUUAUGUCUUUGUAUAUCUGGUGAUUUAUGAGGGAAAAGAACUGCCUUAAAAUAAUGUACAUCGGUAGUUGCGUCUUAAGAGAAUGCAUUCACUCCAUAUCUGAAUUUGUAAAAAUAAAGCAUGACAAAUUA